AUGAUCGUGUUUAGGAAGAACACGAUCAUGCAGCUGAUUCUCAUCCCUCGGGUUCUGUUGGGGAACACUCUGUUCCCACCCUGCCUCCGCCUCUGUGUCUGGCUCGCGGGGAAGCUGAUGAAGUCGAAAUCAGACCGGUCCAAUCACCUGCUGAGGAACACGAGGCGGGUCGGGUUCUACCACCUCCUUCCGGGGAGGGAGUCGGUGUAA